AUGAACGCUGCUGCGCGACUCGGGUACAAUAAGCAAAAAUUCGACUACGUGACGCCGAUAUUGCGCGAUCUUCCCUGGCUGCGCAGGCAGCAGCGCUCGCAGUUCAUGGUCGCUGCUCUGACGUUCCAAUGCCCUCACGGUCUGGCGCCUCUUUAUCUCACGGAAUGUCGUCAGCGCGUGUGGGAUCUGCCUUCUAGAAGACGACCGCCCUUCAUCCUACAUCAUAACCAACACAACAUCGCAACCUUCAUCCUACAUCAUAACCAACACAACAUCGCAACCUUCAUCCCACAUCAUAACCAACACAACAUCGCAACCUUCAUCCCACAUCAUAACCAACACAACAUCGCAACCUUUAAUAUCCCACAUCAUAACCAACACAACAUCGCAACCUUCAUCCUACAUCAUAACCAACACAACAUCGCAACCUUCAUCCUACAUCAUAACCAACACAACAUCGCAACCUUCAUCCCACAUCAUAACCAACACAACAUCGCAACCUUUAAUAUCCCACAUCAUAACCAACACAACAUCACAACCUUCAUCCUACAUCAUAACCAACACAACAUCGCAACCUUCAUCCUACAUCAUAACCAACACAACAUCGCAACCUUCAUUCUACAUCAUAACCAACACAAGUAUGCGGCCUAA